AUGGAUUGUACAUACACAACCUUACAAAAUACAUAUAAUAAUCCUCAACAACAAAUCUUACUUCAUCAUCAACAAUCGUUACUUAAUUCAACAACAAGUAUGAAUUCAACCAUAUCAAAUACAAAUAAUACAAUGGCUGAUAAUGAACGUUUUGGUCUUGGGCCUAAUUUAAUAGAUAAUUCUGAUAUGGCUACUAUUGCACGAGCUAUGGCUGAACCUGAUUCAGGUUUAGAUAUACAUGAUAGAAAAUGGCUUAACGUACCUAUACCAAAAUCAUUUCUUGGUUCUGAUGCAGUUAAUUGGUUAUAUAAAAAGGUCUCUGGAUUUGUUAUUCGAGAUGAUGCAAUAAACUAUGCCUCAACUAUGCUUAAAGCAGGUUAUAUUAAUGGUCCGGUUCAUAAAUCAAUAUUUUCUGAAAACUGUUAUUAUGUUUUUGGCGAUAUUUAUUCACAAGGCAGAAAAAAUCUUUUUCUUUUCGAAAGGUUUUAUUUAUUUAUUUUUAAUUUUUAUUUAUGUAUUUCUCAAUUAACAGUUGAUGAAGAACCUGAGAAUUAUGAAUCUGUUGCUGCUAAAACAAGUACUAUUGAUCAUCGUAGUGGUGAUUCAUUAUUAGCAAAGUUACGUGAAGAAGUGCAUUCAGCAAUUCAGAGAAGUAUUACUGCCAAUGAAUGUGCACAAAAAUUACUUUAUAUGAAUUUAUGUCCUGAACAAGAAGUACUUGACUGCUUCCAUUCAACUGCACAAGAUACAAUGUCAUCCGCACGUGUUUAUGUCAAAGAUUUACUUUUACAAUUAGUUGAAUUUAUUAAUAAAUCAUAA